GGGUGUAUAAAGAAGCUUCACCCACUGAAACAUGACGUUUUGUACUUGGGAGCUCUCGGCUCGCUAACCCCAGCUACUUCUCCCUCAUCCACUCACAAAAUGUGCCAGGCCCUCUCCGCCCCAUCGCCUCCGUGUACGGCUCUUCUCUCCUUCCUUUUCUUCCUCCUCACGGUGGUGGGCCCGGUCUCGGUCUCGGCAUGGCGGCCGUGGCCCCAGAAAAACAAUAUGAACACCACCGAUUACGCCUUCGGGGACUCCAAGAAAUACGAGGGGUCCUCGGAGUUCGUGAAGCUGAGGUACCACAUGGGACCGGUCCUCACGACCAACAUCACUGUCCACACCAUCUGGUACGGCAAGUGGGAGCGGAACCAGAAGAAGAUCAUCCGCGAGUUCAUAAACUCAAUAUCCGCGGCGAACUCGGCGCACCCCUCCGUGGCCGGGUGGUGGCGCACCGUACAGCUCUACACGGACCAAACCGGGGCCAACAUUUCAAAAUCGGUUCGACUCGGCGAGGAGAAGAACGACCGGUUCUAUUCCCACGGGAAAUCCCUGACCCGCUUAUCCAUACAGACUGUGAUAAAGAGCGCCAUCACAGCCAAAACGAGGCCGUUGCCGAUCAACCCUAGGAGUGGGUUGUACCUCUUGCUCACGGCCGAUGACGUGUACGUUCAGGAUUUCUGCACGUCGGUGUGUGGGUUCCACUACUUCACGUUUCCCUCGUUGGUUGGGUAUACUCUUCCGUACGCUUGGGUGGGUAACUCCGCUAAGUUCUGCCCCGGUCAGUGUGCUUAUCCCUUUGCGGUGCCCGCGUAUAUCCCUAACCGGAAACCGUUUAAGUCCCCGAACGGCGACGUUGGGGUCGACGGCAUGAUUAGUGUGAUUGGACACGAGAUGGCUGAGCUGGCCACAAACCCUUUGGCCAAUGCUUGGUAUGCGGGUCAGGACCCUUCUUUCCCCGUCGAGAUUGCCGAUCUGUGUGAGGGGAUUUACGGCACUGGCGGCGGUGGAUCCUACACCGGUCAGGUUUUGGACGCUCGAGAUGGCGCCACGUAUAACAUGAAUGGGAUCAGACGGAGGUUCCUUGUUCAGUGGGUGUGGAGCCACGUUCUCAAUUACUGUACUGGACCUAAUGCGCUUGAUCAUUGAUCAUCUCGUCAGGACCAGAUAUUUCUUCUUCUCUUCUUUUAACCUUUGCUUUGGGCUUUGUUCUUGUGGGUUUUGUGGGAGUCUGGUAAUUUUGUUAAGGUAGUUAAGUUUGUUCAUUGAUGCAAAUAAUGUAAUUUUAUUGUUAUUGUUAUAUCAUAGUUAUUAUAAGCCUUUUUUGGUGUCACGGUCACCGUAUAUGGGAA